AUGGCUUCAAGAUUCUCUCCUCGCCGGCUGCUGAAGCCUUUAGCUUAUGGUGCCGGGAUUGCUGUGGCAGGCGGCUCAGUUAUGUAUAUUACCUACCGCCCACGCAACGUACCAGGAGCAGAAUCAUUUGCUCCCAAACCUCCCAAACGAGACGAGAAUGGCGCUAUAAUCCCCCCAAAGUUUCCACACAUCAAGUCUAGAGCCGAUCAAAUCUCCGACCUCAAAAAGUCCUCCUCUUCUUCGGGCGAAAUUUACGAUCUACUGGUGAUUGGUGCUGGGGCGACCGGAACCGGCAUUGCGCUUGAUGCAGCGACCAGAGGCUUGAAAGUCGCAAUUGUUGAAAGAGAUGACUUCAGCAGCGGGACAAGCAGUAAAUCUACAAAGCUGGUCCACGGAGGUGUCAGAUACCUCGAAAAAGCAGUAUGGAACUUGGACUACAACCAGUACCAGCUGGUGAAAGAAGCGUUGCGCGAGAGGAAGAGCUUUCUAUAUACUGCGCCUCAUUUAUCGACAUGGCUACCUAUUAUGCUCCCGCUGCAGAAGUGGUGGCAGGCUCCAUACUUCUGGGCCGGCACCAAAUUUUACGAUUUUCUGGCUGGCUCUGAAGGCAUUGAAAGCUCCUAUUUCCUUCCGAGGAGUAAGGCUCUCGAUGCAUUCCCAAUGCUGAAGAAGGAGAACCUUAUCGGGGCACUCGUUUACUACGAUGGCCAGCACAAUGAUUCUAGGAUGAACGUUUCCCUCGCUAUGACCGCAACUCUGUACGGGGCUACCACUGUAAAUCACCUCGAAGUGACCGGGCUUGAGAAGGAUGCAAACGGCAAGCUAACAGGUGCCCGAGUUCGAGAUUUGAUCUCCCUGAAGGAUGGAAACGAGGCAGCUGGCGAGAAUUUCACCAUCAAAGCAAAAGGCAUCAUUAACGCAACGGGACCGUUUGCGGAUGCUAUCCAGCAGAUGGAUGAACCGGGUCAACGAGAAAUCGUCGCGCCAAGCUUAGGUGUCCACGUUGUUCUUCCUGGAUACCUCAGUCCCCAGAACAUGGGUUUGAUUGACCCCUCGACAUCCGAUGGCAGGGUGAUUUUCUUCCUUCCCUGGCAAGGCAAUACCAUUGCUGGCACCACCGACGCCCCAUGCGCAAUCUCACAAAAUCCGGUAGCGGGCGAGAAGGACAUCCAAUGGAUUCUUGACGAGAUUCGCACAUACCUGACGCCCGAUAUUGAUGUUCAACGCUCCGACAUCCUGGCUGCAUGGUCAGGAAUUCGACCUCUGAUGCGCGAUCCGCACUCCAAGAAUACCGAGUCGCUUGUACGUAGCCAUCUCGUGACCGUAUCUGACUCUGGGCUCUUGACUUGCGCGGGCGGAAAAUGGACCACAUACCGCCAAAUGGCCGAGGAUGCAGUAGACAAGGCGAUCGAGGUCUUCAAGCUACAGCCUAAGCCCAUCAGCUAUGUGCCCGACAUCUCCGGGGUCAACGGGGUUGAUCCAUCCGUGAGCUUGCUUAACGGAACUUGCCAGACGCACCACAUCCGUCUCCUCGGUGCACACGGUUACUCGACGACACUCUUCAUCAAUCUUAUUCAGCACUUUGGCAUCGAGAUGGAUGUGGCAAAACACCUUGCGACUGACUACGGUGACCGCGCUUGGGAUGUCGCAGCUCUGGCUUCUCCAGUGGAGGACUCUCCAGUCCCAAUCCGCGGGCAACGUCUCUCUCCUCAGUACCCCUUUAUUGAUGGUGAAGUGCGCUAUGCAGUUCGGAGCGAGUAUGCGCAGACCGCGGUCGACGUCCUCGCUCGGCGCACUCGCCUCAGCUUCCUAAAUGCCCAAGCCACGCUCCACGCUCUUCCCUGCGUGAUUGAUAUCAUGGCCGAGGAGCUCAAGUGGAGUCAGGCACGGAAGGAGUCAGAGUGGAAAGACACUGUUGGCUUUUUGGCCAGUAUGGGUCUACCAAGCGACCUGUUACAGGUAACACGGGAGGAGGUCCUGCAAGGACUGUCUUCCAAUACAAAAAGUCUCGCCGCUUCGACCCAUGGUGCGAGCAAUGUUGGCCAGCCGCAGCCCCUAAAGCCGAGCAUCGAGAGCGUGAGCGAAGCACAAUCACCUCUUCCAUGA